UUCUUUCUUUGAGUGUAUGUCAAGGAAACUGUGAAGUUGUGCGCGGUUUUUGAUAAAGAUUAGAUUAGUUGAAUGGUCGAUAACUUUUAUACAGAGUUCUCUAGGCCGAUUGACCUCAUUCACGAUUAUUGUAUUGCCUCAUUCGCUGGAAUAUAUUGACGGCAAGAUUGUUUGGUAAAGGCAUUGGUAAUCCACGGCAUAAUGCCUCGUAAAGAACCUGACUYGUCACACCAUAAGGUUUUAAGAAGACGUCAGGAACGCAAACCUACUUUAAGCGAAGAAGAAUGCAGCGAUGGUAGUGAAGACCCAAAGUGUUCGGAUUCAGAAAAUGGCAUUGGUAGUCUAAAAGGGAAGAAGAAAAGGAGAAAGCCUMGACUUACUGGGCUUAGCAAACAGCGUCAAGCAGCUAAUGCAAGGGAAAGGAAUAGAACACAUAGCGUUAACGCUGCAUUUAAUGCCUUGAGAUUAUUGAUACCCACCGAACCAUCGGACAGGAAAUUAUCAAAGAUAGAAACAUUACGGCUUGCUUCAAGCUACAUUGCACACCUUGGAACGAUUUUAAUAAGUGGGACACAAUGCCCUAAUGUUCCCAUGGACAGUAGUCGUGCUGCAAUCACUCCAUCUUCUGCAAGAAGAGUCUGUACAUUUUGUUUAAGUCUUCUUAAAGUGCGGUGUUCUUGAAGCAGAAAUUCCUAUUUUUUGAGAUGUCGUGCACCAAAUAAAGAGUGCUUCCUUCGUGUGGUGUGURUGUCUCCAUGGUUACUCACUAAGGACGACCUGAGUGACUUCAAGGAUGAAAUAUUUCGUUUACGUUGACAACGAGAGAAAAUAAUAUAGCAUUCAAAAGAACUGACGUCACAAAGAGACUAAAUUUGGUCAAGAAAGAACCCACAAAGCCAAGCUGAAGGAUCCUGGGUGAAGGAUAUAUUAUGUUGUGUGGCGGUAGUCGCAUCACUUGAGGCCAAGAUCUUUUUAAGGAAUUAGUUUUAUAUAAUGCUUAUACUGUAUUUCAUUGAGUAGAAAGCURAGAAGCCAGUCUGAAAUCUCGAAUGAAAAUGUGUUUAAUUGAAACGUGUAUUGAUGUCAUUUUGUAUGAACGAAGCAUGUUGGGAAAAAGGGGCGUUGCUUGUUUUUUAUCGACAAAAGUCGGCACUAAAGAUCAAAAACUAAAAAGCAUGAAAAUGUUCUCACCAGAUGUGCUCAAUUGGCCGAUUAGACAUUAGAAAACAAAGAAAUUAGCAUUAAUCAGAAUUUCAYUAGUUAAUUAUCAUGCUUUUAGUGUUUGCGCUCUACAUAUUUACUGAGCUAACACUAUAAAAACAGAUUUUUUGAUAUAAUUUUAUUGGCGGAAAUAUAAUCGAAGUUCUGCUCUAGAAAAUGACGCACCUUCACAUUACCUAUUCUCAUACGUAAAUAUUUGUCGUGAAAAUAAAGUAAAAGAUUAUUGU